GCGCCGAUGGAUCCCGGGGAUCCGCUGGAUCCGCCCGAUCCCGGGGGGCGGGGGGGGCGCGGGGGGCGCCGCUGCUGAGCCGGGGGCCCGGGGGGGUCCCGAGGGGACCCGGGAGGGGUCCGGGGGGGUCCCGGCGCCCCCCGAUCCCGGAGCCAUGGGCGAAUGGACCAUCCUGGAGCGGCUGCUGGAGGCGGCGGUGCAGCAGCACUCCACCAUGAUCGGCAGGAUCCUGCUGACGGUGGUGGUGAUUUUCCGCAUCCUCAUCGUGGCCAUCGUGGGCGAGACGGUGUACGAGGACGAGCAGACCAUGUUCAUGUGCAACACGCUGCAGCCGGGCUGCAACCAGGCCUGCUACGACAAGGCCUUCCCCAUCUCCCACAUCCGCUACUGGGUCUUCCAGAUCAUCCUGGUGUGCACGCCCAGCCUCUGCUUCAUCACCUACUCGGUGCACCAGGCGGCCAAGCAGCGCGAGCGCCGCUACUCCUUCCUCUACCCGCUCCUGGACGCCAAGAAACCCAAACUCAACGGGGCGCCGGCGCCCAGCCCCGACGGCGCCGCCAAGGAUGACCCCGAGGACGCCAAGGAGCUGCCGCCGCCGCGGCCGCCCCGCAGCGCCAAGAUGAAGCGGCAGGAGGGCAUCUCGUUCUACGUGAUCCAGGUGGUUUUCCGGAACGCUCUGGAGAUCGGCUUCCUGGGCGGGCAGUACUUCCUGUACGGCUUCAAUGUACCGGCCAUCUUCGAGUGCGACCGCUACCCGUGCGUCAAGGAGGUGGAGUGCUACGUGUCGCGGCCCACCGAGAAAACCGUGUUCCUGGUGUUCAUGUUCGCCGUGUCCGGCGUCUGCGUCCUGCUCAACCUGGCCGAGCUCAACCACCUGGGCUGGCGCAAGGUGCGGGCGGCCGUGCGCGGGGCCCGGGCGCGCCGCAAGUCCCUGGGGGACGCGCGCAAGAAGGAGCCGGCGGCGCCCGCGCCCGUCCCCGCGCCCGCCCUGGGCCGGACGCAGUCCAGCGAGUCGGCCUACGUGUGAUGGGCUGGGAUGGCAUUGGCGUGGGACUGGGGGCAGGACAGGGUACGGGCAGUUCUGCCCCGGAUUGGUGUUGGAAGUGAAGUUAUUGGGGUGUCGGUCCCAAAAUGGCAGAGUUUGGAGCCAAAACCAUCAGGAUUUCAGUCCCAAAAUGGUGGGGAUUAGAGUCAGGAUUGUCAGGAUUUCCAUCCCAAAA